GGACUCGCCGCUAAGCAGCCGACACGCGAGCGUCUAGAACCGCCAAAGUAGCGGGCAGUCUCCAGUCUCCACCAAGACCGCGGCCAUUGCGGAAGUCAUCACUUGACGAAUUCAACGCCGUCGGUCGCUGAAGACUGUACACAUCUGCUGUUAACCACGGUAUUAGAGUAUCACAAUGGACAGCGUGUGGAGAGUGGGGGUACUGGUGGCGUUAGCCGCGACGUGGGGGACGCAGGGCUGCGAGCUGUCCCCCAGCUACGACGCGGCCCCAAAGUCUCCCGGGGACAACUUCUACAAGCUGAUCGUAAACGGACAGGUGGAGCGAUACGCGCCCGAACAGAGAUACGUCGUUACUCUGGUGGGAGCUCGAACUCAUGACGUGGUUCAGCAGUUCACCAAGUUCCAGAUAGUGGUGGACCCUCUGGACCCCGCAGCGCCCCGCACCCCUCGCACUCAGGGCCAGUUCCAGCUGUUCGCGGACACCCUCACAAAGUUUGACGAAGAGUGUACCAACUCCGUGGUGGAAGCAGAUGACCUGCCCAAGACAGAGGUGCAGGUCAUGUGGAAGGCGCCUCCAGCGGGAUCUGGAUGCGUCCUGCUUAAGGCGAUGGUGUACGAGAACAGUUCGCGGUGGUUUGCGGAGGACGGUCAGCUCACGAGGAGGGUCUGCGAGGACACGGCCCUCUCCGCGACCGACUGCUGCGCGUGCGAUGACGCCAAGUAUAAAGUCGUGUUCGAAGGUCUGUGGUCGCCGCAGACGCACCCCAAGGACUUUCCCGUGCAAGCGAUGUGGCUGACCCACUUCUCUGACGUCAUCGGCGCCACCCACGAGAGGAACUUCACCUUCUGGGGAGAGGGCGAGAUAGCGAGCGAUGGCUUUAGGUCUUUGGCUGAAUGGGGUUCCGUUGGGCUUCUGGAGCGAGAACUGCGGCAGCGAGCGGUGAGUCCUGGGGGCAAGUCAGUCAAGCUGCGGUCCAUAGUGAAGGCUCAGGGGCUAUGGCAUCCCAAGGUCAACACCAAUACCUCCACGACCUUUAUGGUGGACAAGAAGAGACAUCUACUUUCCUUGGCUUCUAUGUUCGGUCCGUCUCCCGACUGGGUGGUGGGUGUCAACGGACUGGAGCUGUGCAACGCAGAUUGCACGUGGACUGCCAGCAAGGUGGUAGACCUGUUCCCCUACGACGCGGGAACUGACAACGGCAUCUCAUACAUGUCACCAAAUUCGGAGACGAAUCCUCGCGAGCGCAUGUACCGCAUCACAACAAUGUAUCCAGAGGAUCCUCGUGCGCCGUUCUACGAUCCCCAGCGAAAGGAGAUGAACCCUCUGGCGCGUCUCUAUAUCACCCGGGAGAAGAUCAUCAGCAAGGCGUGUGACGAGGAGACGCUGCAGAGCCUCGUGACGGAGGAGGCUGAGAACACACAGUCGGUGGACAAACCGGAAUGUGCGGUCAGCGAGUGGGGGGCGUGGUCUGCGUGCUCGGUGUCGUGCGGCAAAGGGCUGCGCAUGCGCACCCGCGAGUACCGCAUGCCGCAGAAGGCGCAAAUGUUCGCCUGUGACCGCCAGCUCGUGUCCAAAGAGAUGUGCGUCGCGCCGCUGCCCGAGUGCGCGGGCGGUACUGCUGGUGAGGCUGAAGAAGACAACGAGCUAAGCCUGGCUGCUGUGGAGGACACAUCAGGCAUCUGCCAGACUACGGCGUGGGGAGAGUGGAGCGAGUGUUCAGAGACGUGUGGAGUGGGAGUGAGCACUCGCCGUAGACAGUUCCUCAACCAGAUGGGGAUCAAGAAAUGCCCGCUGGUUCAGAUCGAGGAAAGCCGGAAGUGUAUGGAACCAGCGUGCAGCGAGCAGGAGCAGCUGACGGAUAUCUCGGACCCACAGUGCCCCACCACGGCCUGGGCCACCUGGUCUCCCUGCACCACCUCCUGCGGCCGCGGCGUCAAGUUCCGCACGCGGCUGCUGCUGGUGCCUGCCGACCGCCAGCAAGACUGCUCAGCCAAGGUCGAGCUGCUGCAGCAGAGACCGUGCCAGGAGAAGGAGGACUGUACCAUAGACAUGGCCACUGCUAAACGUAUCUGUAUGGAGCGCGCAGAACAGGGUCCGUGUCGCGGCGUGUACCAGCGCUGGACCUUCGUGGUGGAGAAAGGCAUGUGCGUGCCCUUCAACUAUGGCGGUUGCCGCGGCAACAGGAAUAACUUCCUGACGCAGGAAGACUGUAUGAACACCUGCCGCGUGGUUCUCGGUGGCGCGGCCGGACCAGUGAGCGUGGUGCCCACAUCUGGCCAGUUCUCCGCGGGUGUCAGGUCCAACUACCCUGGGCUUGCGGUCGAUUCCAUCGUGCCAAUACCGCCUGUCCUUAACGGUCUGCAGGCCCCGGGUUCUCAGGACUGCAGUGUCAGCGAGUGGAGCGAGUGGUCUCGAUGCAGUGUCGCCUGCGGGGUCGGCUACCAGGAGAGGAACAGGACCGUCCUGAGAGAGGCGGGUCCGGGUGGCGUGCCUUGUCCGACGAGAAUGACUCGACGCCGCCGCUGCUUCCGGCACUGCUAGACAACACGGGAUGACCGACAUUUACAUCUAGAAGUAAUUUAGAUCCGUCACAUACAGUAGCUAUAAUAGAGUGUGGCUUAUAAUAAUAUAGUUUCCAUAGCAAUACUCAAUUGACUACACUGAAUCGUUACCACUUACCUCUAUUAUAUACCACUGGACUGGCGGCUGUCAAAGUGCUAUUGUGCCUGUUCGAUAUUCGCCAUUAUGGCGCUGUUGGCCAUGUAGCGAGAGUCUGCGGUACUAAAACUAGUGAUGACAACCUAGUGGACAACACAGAUAGUGGGAAACUAUUUACAAAAAAAAAAUGUGUACUUUAUUACGUUAAUUCUUGAAGUAUAAAUGACACGGAAUACGAACGAAAUUAAUUCAAAAUGCAAAAAUACUUCGGAGUAUUGUUCGUUCCUUUGCAGCCAUUUGUAGUAAACGUCAAAAUUAGUUCUCUGGACGCUCGCGAGUGGCGCAUCAAAUAGGCACAAAAAAUUUGCUGUCAUAACAUAUUGAACAGCCUGUCCAGUGGUAUGGUUUAUACAGGUCAGUGAUCGUGCCCACCUUAAUGUUAUUUUGCUACAGUCAUAAUAAGCAAGUAGGCCGAAAUUCGCUUAAACAUAAUAUUACAUUUCAUAAGUAACUGUUAUCAUUUUAUAAAACACUGACAGACUUACAAAAUAUAAAAUAUGCAUACAGUUAUAUCUGAGAAUAAUCCAACAAUAUGCAUACUGUUUACAAAUAGGCACAUUGCUUAUGAUUGGUUUAUACGGACAUAUAACAUUGCCCGUUUUUAUUUUCAAGGCUACUUGACAUUCGGAAAACUUCAGAAUUAUCAUUGUAUUGACAGUGUUGUCAAGGAUAUAGUCAACAUUUUGUGUAUUCUUGGUUUUAUUAUUCUUCAUGCUAAGUUAAUUUGUAAAUGCGUGGCAGUGACAGAUAUCAAAUUAUUGUCAUACAAUCUUUUUCGUGCAAAUAUUUAGAGCUGUUUUUACGAUUUUAAAAUAAAUUAUAAGCAAAGUGGGUCAUGAACACUGACCUGUAUAAAUCCCACUGAAAAUAUGUUUGAUAAUUUAUUUAUGCCUAUUUGAUGCGCCACUCGCGAGCGUCCAGUGAACUAAUUUUGACGUAUACUAAUACAAAUGGCUGCGAGAUAAAUGUACAAUACUCUAAAGUAUUUUUGCAUUCUGAAUUAAUUUCGGUUGUUUUCCGUGUUAUUUGUACUUCAAGAAUCAACGCUAUAAAGUACACAUUUUUUUUUGUAAAUAGUUUUCCUAUUGAUGUUUGUUUAGCUGCGGUUGUCAUUAAUAGUUUUAGUACCGCAGACUCUCACUACAUGGCCAACAGCGCCAAAAUGGCGAAUAUCAAACAAGCACAAAAGCACUUUGACAGCCGCCAGUCCAGUGGUAAAUAGUAGAGGUCAGUGUUCAUGAAUCACUUUUGUCGAUAGCACAAGGCAUAUCUCGGUGAUGUAAAUUGUAAUAGUUGCAUCUACCUAAUAAGUGCAAAGUUAUCCAACUUCAUAUAGCAUUGCUGCCGUAUGUUUGCUAUGAUAUGUCUUAAGUCUUUGAUGGGAUAUGAAUUAAACUCAUAUUUUAAUUUACCUAUUUAAGGAGACAGGCCUUCUUACAAUAAGUUUUACAAGUUCACUGGCGAAUAGCCGAACUUAACAAUAACCUGAAUAGUCCAGAAAUAAUAUAGAAUUAUACUUACCCUACACUUUUACAAUGUAAAAAUGAAGAUUGGAAUUGAAAUCCUAACACAAAGGUUUUAAGUUUUGAGGUUAGAGUUUUAAGAUUAUGGGUAUAUUUCGAUGUCUUGGUAGAGCUCGAUUUUGAACUAAAAUUUCUUGCAAUACGUGUUUGUAAAAUAUAGGGAGAGCAGCUUAAUACCAAAGUUACACAACUGAGAUUUAACCUUAUUGUAUAAUUAAAUUGUAAUAAAUGAAUAAGCAUAC